AUCAUUCUUCAUCUACAUUUCAACAAUUGACACCUUAUCAUUCACGAUUAAGAAAUCUUGAAGGCCAUUCAGUAACACCUAUUGGUACUACAGGAAAUCAUUUGAUUUUCGGUGGUUUCAAUGGUAGUUCAUAUUCUGGAGUAGGUUUGAUAUAUGACGGAACGGAUUUAACAGCAGCUGGAACACUAAAUAUCACUUCAUUGGAAACUAUGAACGACAUAACUGGACGUGCUCAUCAUCAGGCAACAUAUAUUUCACAAAUAAAUGCAGUAUUAAUCACUGGUGGUAAUAAUGGUACACAUGCAUUGUUUGAUUGUUAUUUAUACGAUCCAGUUAAUCGAACUUUUACUCCUACUGCUUCUAUGGGAAUGCCUCGUUCAUUUCAUAAGGCUAUUCUACUUUCAAAUGGGUCAGUGCUCAUAACUGGUGGAGCUGUAGGAAUGUCAAGUAAUCAACCAAUAACUCCAACAAAUUCAGUCGAAAUAUACAAUCCAAUUACACACACGUUUACCAAUGCGCCUCUUAUGAAUGUUGCACGUUAUCGACAUCAGGCUACAUUAGUUGAGGAUGAAAUUUUCGUUUCUGGUGGUAUUGGUUCUGAUGGUAGAACAUUAUCUAGUAAUGAAUAUCUAAUAUUUUAG